AUGAAAGUAAGCAACUACAUGGAAAGUGGAGUUAGGCAACCAGGCUACGCACUGGGUGACAAUGAAUCAAAUGGAAAUUGUGGAUUCUGUGUUGAAGACUUGGGCUUGAGGCGUUCCCUCGAGAUGUCUGUUUUCUUUCUUUUGCUGCUUCUUUCACUGUGGCUGCUGACUCUUGCUGAGUCCAAGGCAAACCAUAUCAUGUGCAACAUGAAUGAUCCCCUCCCUCUUGUGCAUGAAUACUAUCAGCCAGGAGACCUUGCCAUUGGUGGGAUUCUCUCUCAGCUUUUCUCCAUUGCUGACCUUCUGUCUUUCAUGGAAGACCCUAAAAUCAAGCCGCUUGAUGAGCCCAUUUCAGUGCCAAAGAACUACCAGCAUGUCCUCUCUUUGGUAUUUGCUGUGAAGGAAAUCAAUGAGAAACCAGAGAUAUUACCCAAUGUCACCUUGGGGUUCCACAUCUAUGACAGCUACUUUGAUGCAAGGUUGACUUAUCAAAAUACCAUGAAUCUCCUGUCCACCAGGCAUAGGCCUGUUCCCAACUACAACUGUGGCAGUCAGAAGAAUCUGGUAGCUGUCAUUGGGGGACUUGACUCAGAAACCUCCUCGUACAUAGCCAACAUUAUAGGUACCUACAAGAUUCCACAGGUCACAUUUUGCUUCCUUCUUCCAGUAAUGAAUGAUGCAAUCAAGCUCUCGUUUAUCUUUCGGUUGGUCCCCAAUGAAUCAUAUCAGUACACUGGGAUUGUCCAGCUACUUCAGUAUUUCCAAUGGGUUUGGGUUGGGAUCAUUGCCAUGGAUGAUGAUAAAGGGAUACAUUUCAUGCAAACAUUGAUAGCAAGGCUUUCCCAGAGUGGCAUUUGUGUAGCAUUCACUGAAAGAAUACCAAUCACAGCUUCGGUCUAUGAUCUUGUGUACCUAAUGGGGCACAUGGAGACUAUGUCAUACCUUCUAAACAUGACUAAUGUCAUUGUCAUAAAUGCACAUACACAGACUACAUUUGCUUUGAGUGCAUUAAUAUAUAUGGCAGAAAUGCUAACAGAUGUGACAGUGACGGAUCUAGGUAAGGUGUGGAUUAUGACUGCCGAAUGGGCUUUCACAACACACCCAUUUCAGAGGGGGCUGGAUGCACAAGUCUUCCAUGGUGCCUUGUCUUUCACAAUUCAAUCAAGUGAGCUUUUGGAGUUCCAAAAUUUCCUUCAGAUCCUAAAUCCUCACUAUCCAAAAGGAGAUGUUUUUAUCAAGGUCUUCUGGGAGCAAGCAUUCAACUGUUCAUUGCCAAAUUCUAACAUGGAUGAGGAGGACAGGAGAAGCUGUAAUGGAGAGGAGAGGUUGGAUCGCCUUCCGGGGACAUUCUUUGAAAUGAGCAUGACAGGCCAAAGCUACAGCAUCUACAAUGCUGUCCAUGUUAUAGCACGUGCUGUUCAUGCAAUGUGCUCAUCCAGCUCCAAACACAGAGAAAAGUGUGAACUUUUGGAAUUGCAACUUUGGCAGAUAUACCCUUUUCUGAGGAGCACCUCAUUUAACAACAGUGCGGGAGAGAAGGUGUUUUUUAACAGCAAUGGUGAAUUAGAGACUGGAUUUGACAUUAUCAACUGGGUCACUUUUCCAAACCAAUCGAUCAUUAGAAUAAAAGUUGGACGCAUGGAUCCUCAGGCCACAUCAGGCAAAGAGGUCACCAUUAACAAGAAGAUCAUCACAUGGCACAGAAAAUUUAACCAGGUCCUACCACUUGCUGUGUGCAACGAACACUGUCAUUCAGGGUACUCCAGAAAAAAGAAGGAAGGGCAGCCGUUUUGUUGCUAUGAUUGUGUUCCAUGCCCAGAAGGGAAGAUAUCAGACCAGAAGGACAUGGAUGACUGUUUCAAAUGCCCGGGAGACCAUUAUCCAAACAAGGACCAGAGUCACUGCCUCCGUAAGAAGCCAAACUUCCUCUCUUAUGAAGAACCUUUGGGAGUCGUUUUAGUUGUCUUGGCUCUGUUUUUUUCUCUCAUUACAGCUUUGGUGAUUGGAAUAUUCAUUAAACACAGGAACACCCCCAUCGUCAGAGCCAACAAUCGGAAUCUCUCCUACUCUCUGCUCAUCUCUCUUCUCCUCUGCUUCCUCUGUUCCCUGCUCUUCAUUGGGAGACCUCACCCAGUGACUUGCUAUCUACGACAAACGUCUUUUGGCAUCAUCUUCUCAAUGGCGAUUUCUUCCGUGUUGGCAAAAACUAUCACAGUUGUUCUGGCUUUCAUGGCCACCAAGCCUGGAAGCAGGAUGAGGAGAUGGGUGGGGAAAAGACUGGCAAAUGCUGUUGUUCUUUCUGGUUCCUUCAUUCAAGUCGGGAUGUGUGGGGUGUGGCUCUGUGUUGCUCCUCCAUUCCCAGACUUGGACACUCAUUCUCUGGCUGAGGAAGCUGUGGUAGAAUGUAAUGAAGGGUCACCCACCAUGUUUUAUUGUGUUCUUGGGUACAUGGGAUUCAUGGCUCUUGUGAGUUUCAUUGUGGCUUUCUUUGCUAGGAGAUUGCCCAGCACUUUCAAUGAAGCCAAAUUCAUUACUUUCAGCUUAUUUGUCUUUUGCAGCGUGUGGGUCUCUUUUGUCCCAACUUAUCUAGGCACAAAGGGGAAAUACAUGGUAGCUGUGGAGGUUUUCUCCAUCUUGGCUUCUACCGCUGCACUAUUGGUCUGUAUCUUCUGUCCCAAAUGUUACAUAAUUGUAAUGAAGCCUGAACUGAACUGUAAGGAGCAGCUAAUAAUAAAUAAAUAA